CUUACAUUUCACAAUGAUCGCAAUUGCUAAUGUCUGUCAUGUCAAAUUCAUAAGUUCGCUCGUUAGAACUUAUUUUUUGUUGUACUGUAGUUAUUAUUUAAGUAUGUAAAGUUGUGUGUCCAUUAUUAUGAAUAAUUAAAAAUAUUGUUUUAAAUUGUAAUAAAAUUGCGUCAAAAUGGCUAAAUGGAAAUUAACUCGUCAACAAUUUGGAGCCGAAGAAUUCACCCUUUCUGAGGGCGAUACGGUAACUGUCGGCAGAGGAAAUAACAAUAAUAUUACACUUUCAAGCGCUGUUAUAUCCAGGAAUCACUGUGUUAUACAUGUACACAAUAAUAGAGCACUAUUAACAGAUCUACAGAGUUCAAAUGGAGUGUAUGUUGGUAGUAUCAAGAUACCUCCUAAUACUCCAUAUGUCAUUCAAGAUUCAGAUGUUAUUGGGUUAGGAUGGACUAUGGCGGCACCCCUCGUCAAUAUAAAAGACACUGAAAAAUAUGUGUUUAAAUUCAUCAAACAAAAACCUGGACAUUCUAUUACAAGCAAAAUUAAAUUUCAAGCUGAAAAUGAUGAUGAUAUUGAAUCACAAGUUGCUAUGUUAGAUGCCAUUGUAAAGGAAGAAAAGCCAUUUGUUAUUAAAGAAAGCAGCAAAUCACCAGUGCUAAGUAGCAAAAUACCACAAAAGAGAAAAAUAGAGAAUGAUAAAGUUGCUGUCAAACAAGAGCCCAAGAAUAAUAACAUUAAUGAUAUCAAUGACAUUCCUAACAUAGUUCUGUCUGAUAGUGAUAAUGAAAUUGUUCGACCACUUGACGAGGGUGCAAAAAAACCAAAGCUUGAACCUGUACUUGAGGAACAACAAAAACAAACAACCAAAGAUGCUGAUACUAAUAUGAAGAAUGAAAAUGAUUUAGUAGAAUUUGCUUUCAAUGUCAAACAAGAAUACAUUGGGUAUGAUGAACCUAUUGAGAUUGAUGACAGUGACAGUGAUAGUGAGUCUGAGCAUUGGCUAAUGCGACUGUCCCAAAGUUCACCUGGAAAACCAUUUUUGAAAUCACCAAAAACAAGUAAAACUGAGAAAACACAGGAAGAUUCAUAUAGCCAGCUAGAUGAUUUUCUUAGUGAUGACUAUGAAAAUGAUGAUGUUAUGGAUGAUCUAAUAUCUCUUCCUAAAAUACCUCCUAAUCAAGAAUUAGAAGAAACACCUGAUAAAGUUACAAGUAGUAAAGUUCAAAAAAAACCUGCACAAGAAUCAAGUGAUGAUGCUGAUUCUGAGGAAUUAUUUGAAGAUAUAUUGUCAAUACAGACUUCAUCUAAAAAUACAAAUGAAGAUGAAAUUGAUGGCUGUCAUAUUGAGGAAUUAUUCAAAGAAGUAGACAGUAUCCUAAAAUCUCCUUUACAGGGUGAUUCAUUAAAAAAGGCUCAAUUAAUAGAACCAAUUGCUGUAUCAUCAAAGAAUAAAUCAAGUCGUCCAGUAGUUGAAGUUAAACCUAAAAAGUCUUCAUCUAAGCGUUCUCAACAAAAAUCAUCUUCAAAACCAUACAUGUCAAACAGUCAAAAGGAAGAGCGCAAAAAGAAACUUAAAGAAAUAGCUUGUAAGAAUAAGGAAACGGAAAUAAGAAAAAGUAAAGACACUGUAGGUGAUAGCAAACCAGUACUUACAAAUGUGAAGGUCAGUACUACUAACCGUGGAGCAUUUUUAACUGAUGUUUCUAAAGCAGUCGUUGCUCCAGUUAAUAGGAAAGAACAUAAUAGUAGUAAGGAAAAAAGUAUAAAUAUAUCACCAAAAUCCAAAGAUGCUAAGAAUCAUGAUGUCACUGAAGAUGUUGAAAACAAAAGAAGAGAGCCAGAAAAGUCAGAAAAACAAAAAGACAAAAGUAAAAGUUCUAAGCACAAAGAUCGCAGCAAAACAGAGCAUAAAUCCGACAAAGCCUUAAGUAAGCUAUCUGAGAAAGAGACAAGGGUACCACUCAAAAGUUUAAAACCAUUAACCGAUAGUGAAGAUUCUAUUUCUGGAAAACCAAUAUCCAAAGUUGGUCCAAUGAAACCUGAAAAAUCGAAGAAGAAGGUACGGUUUUCAGAGAAUGCGCCUCAGGUUCUAGAAUUCGAAAUUGAGCCUGGCAACAAGAUGAAGAAAACUAGUUUGGUUAAAACAACUCUGGUAGAUGUGCGUCAGUCACCUGUAUUUUCAUUAGAAAAGAUAACUCUGAUGAAAAUUCUUCGCUGGAACCCUCAGUGGUUAGAAGAGCAGCUGAAUAACAAUGAUCCUCCACCAAUCUUAGGUCACAAUAAAAUACCCAUGUCAGUUUUCCACUCAUUUGUGAACCACAAUCAGUAUGUACAGCUGGUUGGUGAUUUACUUCUGAUGGAAAUUUGGGAAUGUUUAACUAUAGCAUAUAUGAAAAUACGUAAUCAAAAUGUGGGAUUAGAAAUGAGAGUCGAGUCAUUGCCGCCCAUACCUCCACAAGAGCGAUGCCUCGAACUUUUCAAUCUUAGUGUUAACAUUUCCGUUCCCGCAGCCGAAGCUAAAUUGAAAGUGCCUAGAGUAGGAGAAGUACUUCUAGUUACAUUUGGGCCAGAAAACGCGAAAAAUCAAAGGUUCUUCUAUGUACACAAUGUGAGAAACCUACCGUCACCUUCAAGUAACCGACGCGCAUUCUUCAGUGUUUCACUACACGCAACAUUUGCAGACAAAUUAAAAUCACUAAAACCAGGGGAACUGAUGAUAGGAAAGAGUUUAGCUUUCAUAAACAAAGAGUUACAGUUGUUCGAAGCUAUGGAACAUUUAGCGGGAUCCCCCCUUAGUGAUGCCAUACUUAGGCCGGAGCCGCAUCAUUUUACAAAAACUCAAGAGGUCCCGCCACUUAUAAAUACUCAGUGGACAACGACUCUGAACCCGAGUCAGCUGGCGGCGGUGAGUUCUUCAGUGGCGGCGGCGCUCAGCGACAGACCUUCUAUACAAAUGGUACAGGGACCUCCGGGCACCGGCAAAUCAAGUGUUAUUUGCGCGAUUGUGAUGACAUACUUCUAUAACGCACAAGGCAAGAAGCAACAGAACAGGGGCAAACUGUUGAUAUGUGCCACAAGCAACGCCGCGGUCGAUGGACUAGUCGUUAGAUUACUGAACCUAAGACAAAGUUUACCUAAACCGGAACGAUUUCGGAUGGUACGUGUAGGACGCGAGGAGGCCAUGCAUCCCGAGGCCGCCAAUAUAUGUUCCCAACAGCUCGCCAAGCGCGACGUGGCCAGGAUACACUCCGAACAACCAAUUGCACCUAGCGGACUUAAUGAAGAGAUUCUUCACGUUGAAGCAAAAAUCAAUAUGUGGAAGACUCAAGAAAAAGACGCGAAGGAUCCGUCUCGAGUGGCGUACUGUCAGGGACGGGUCGCUGAUCUAGAGAAAAGGAUGGCUUUGUUGCGAUCGGGAGGCGGGCGCAGUGGCGCUGCAGAUACGCUCAGUGCAGAGCAGUUUGCGCGAGUGGAGCGACGCAUCAUAGAUGGCGCUGAUAUCAUCGUCACUACGCUCGGCAGUGCGCAGAGCUUCAAAAUGCGAGGGCUGAAGCGUCGAAUAGCACUGUGUAUAAUUGACGAGGCCGGACAAGUGAUCGAACCCGAGACAUUAAUACCUCUCACCCUUGACGUGACGCGACUGACACUCAUCGGAGACCCACAGCAACUGCCUGGAUUCAUCUGUUCGCAGAGAGCCAAGCAACAUGGUCUUAACGAGAGUCUUUUCUCACGCCUGAGUUCGUGCUCGGAACAUUGGGCCGGUGGCAGUCCCGUAGUUCUCCUCAACCAGCAAUACCGCAUGCACCCCGACAUAGCCGACUAUCCCAGCCGAGCGUUCUAUAACGGCAGAGUCAUGAAUGUACCGCCUCUCAGACCGAACUUACCUGUACCGCCUUAUAACAUCGUCGGGAUAUCCAGUGGAGAUAAAGCACAAGGAGUGAACGGUGCUAACGAGAUGGAGGCGUGGGGAGUAACUCGCCUAGUACUGGCACUGUCGCUAGCGCUCCGCCCCGCUGCAUUACGCAUUGCCGUCAUCACGCCAUACAACGGACACAAGGAUCUUAUUAAGAGACAUCUCAAGACCUUAAAUAUCGGGGAAAACCAAGUGGAGGUGAACACAGUAGACAGCUUUCAAGGUCAGGAGCGUGACGUGGUGGUGGUGUCGCUGGCUCGCAGCCAGGGCGUCGGCUUCCUCACGGACGCGGGCCGCAUGAACGUCAUGCUCACUCGCGCCAGGCACGCCAUGUUCAUCUGCCUCAACCCACAUGCUGUCCUGAAAAAUCAGCAAUGGCGGACGCUAGUAGAAGAUGCACAAAGAAGAAACAUGUACAAAGUGCUUCCACACAAAAUGUGUCAACCGAUAUCGGCAGCACAAUUACCCAGUGACAACAUAUUGGAAUAUAUUACUUAUAAGAAACACAACAAUCAUUCUCACCGUUAGUUCUGUUCCAGCCCUUGUUACAGAACUAACUAUAAGAGUGAUUGUUGUAUUUUAAAAUGCUUAGUACGAUAUAUCCUGCCUGUUAGGUGGCAGAUACGACAAGAAUGUCUGAUGAACGCUUUUUAGCCAUGUAUUAGCUGAGUCAAACUAACGAAGCCUUCUUGAACAAUGUAUAUUGCAAUGAUGGCGAGAUACGCUUGAGAAAAUCGCGCACUAUUUUAUUGAAAACCAUCGACUUUUAAACGAACAAUUUUGUAUAGUGACUAGCAUCUGUUGUUACCUGAAUGUUAAUUUAUGAUAAAGGAAGUGAUAAGACUCGUUAUGUGAGUAGUUGCAAAUGCUACUAUCGAGCAAGAGGUUUCGGCUUCGAUCUGCAGGCCAGGCAAAAAAGGUUUGUAUUAUAGGUCUUUUUAUUUUACUGUUAUGAGCACGGGUUUCGGAAUUGUGACUGGUGAAUGGAAAUAAACCAUUAAACGUAACUAUUCGAAUUAUGGGGAAAAAAGAUUGAGUAUAUUGCCACCGCUGCCUUUCUCUUCUGGGGAACGCAAAUGUGAUAUUAUGAUAACUUAUAAUUGAUAUUUGAAUUUAUCACGGAGGAUUGUUCAACGCAAUGACUAAUAAAAAGCUUUUCUUUUAUGUUGAAAAAUCGUACUAGUUUUAUACCAAUUGGACUACGAAAUAUGUAAUUCUGCACAGUGCGUAGUAGUUAUGAAAGUAAUUCUCUAUUUAUUUCCAUACCUUCAAAAGUAUAUGAAGGUUUACUUAUGAGAGUAAAGAGAUGUUUUCAUUCAUAAAUAACGUUUUAUGAGAGCGUCAUAAAUAUGUAUAGUGAAAUUGGAAAUAUAGUGUGAAUAUCCUUCAAGGACAUGGAUUUAAAAGCCACGGUAAAGUCAGGAAGUAGUCACAGUAUUUUCCAUUGAUUUGUAAGACUGAUUGAUAAAAGGGCUGGCUGUUUGACGCCUUGUAAAUAUUGCUUGGAUCUGAACUUAAAGUUGGCGGAGCUGUGUUUGAUAAAAGAUCAUACAUACUGUUAUGAUCAAGUCAGUAGGAUAAGUAUUUUGUAUUAAUAAGGUGUCACUAGUCAUUCGUUCUAGCACCAUCAUUAUCAAGGAUUUUAAAUAACACAAUUUGUCGCUAAAUAUCAAAAUUAUCUAUUACUAAGCUCAACCGUUUUGAGAAAAAAA